AAACCUAAUAACUACUUGAGAGGGCAGACAGUUAAGUUUGAAAGAGGGUUUGAGAGUGGGGUGUAAAGUAAUCGCACGGCAAGAAGUAGGCUAGGUUAGAACGUUUUUCUCUGGAUUACCCGAAACCCGUAAAGACCGAGCAACAGGAGACAGAUGGUGCAGCAAACGGAGCACCGCGAGGCAGAGAGCAGCAUGUCGCGGGAGAACACGGACUCCGAGGAAAGUGAGAUGAUGGCGUGCAGCCCGGUGCCUGUGAAGCCGGACUGGUGCAAGACGGCGACGGGGCAUAUCAAGCGGCCGAUGAACGCCUUCAUGGUCUGGUCGAAAAUAGAGCGAAGAAAGAUCAUGGAGCAGUCCCCCGACAUGCACAACGCAGAGAUCUCCAAAAGACUUGGGAAACGAUGGAAAAUGCUGAAGGACUGCGAAAAAAUCCCAUUCAUCAGGGAAGCCGAGCGGCUACGGCUCCAACACAUGGCCGACUACCCCGACUACAAGUACCGACCCAAGAAGAAACCAAAGCUUGGCACUACUAAACCAGCCACUCAGUCUCCGGAGAAGCCCAGUAGCAAAGCUGCCAAGACUGUUGUCAAAAAAAUCACUAAACUCAAAACCAGCAAGCAGAACUCUACAAGAGCUCCCCAAGACUACAGGUAUGUUUUUAACAACUUAAAGGUGAACAAAUCCAUUAAAAGGGAACUUACGGACGAUGAAGACGACGACGAUGAUGAUGACGACGACGACGACGAUGAUGAAUAUGAGGAAGACUUUCCCAUCCGGAUUAAAAUCGAGGAGGACAGAGAGCCGGUUCGACCAUACAGCCUUGCCAAAGUCCCCUCCAGCCCGACUCUGAGCUCCACGGCGGAGUCAGAGGGGGCUAGCAUGUACGAGGAGUCCCGGAACGCGAGUGCAGCUCCCGGCAGACUCUUCUACAACUUUAAGAACAUCACCAAACAGGCCACAAUGUGCCCAUCGUCUCUCUCACCAGCAUCUUCAUUCAGGUCAUUAUCCGCCUCCUCAAGCUCCAGCGACGAUGCUGACGACUUGCUGGUGGACUUCAGUUUAAACCUGGCAUCCGGUGCUCUUGGGCCGGAGCUGGGAAACACGAGCUCAGGAAAUCUGUCUCUGUCCUUCGUUGACAAAGAUCUAGAUUCCUUCAGCGAGGGUAGCCUAGGCUCUCAUUUUGAAUUUCCGGACUAUUGCACCCCAGAGCUCAGUGAGAUGAUUGCUGGGGACUGGCUGGAAGCGAACUUUUCUGAUCUGGUCUUCACCUACUAAUGUUCAGGUUUAAGUUUAUGUUCCAUUCGUGCAGGGGGCGGCUGCCGGGGCACGUUGAGCACCCGGCGCCCUCUCCGCGGCAUGGAGAGAGUUGCAAAGAAACUGGAGCUGGAUAAUUGAAGGGGACGGUACAGUUGCGAAAAAGAGUGACAUAUGUCACUAUGACAGGGUUUAUGGAUUUGACAAGCGGGGCAGUCAGACUGCUGAGAUGGAGCGGCAUUCUUCUGUGUGUGUACUCCUGAACUAUGCACAUUCACUCCGAGGCGACUCAGAGACUGUUCAGGACGUUGCUGUGAUAACUGUCACAAAAUGUUUCUUUUUAACCGGUUCCGUCUCCCUCUAGUUCUGACCAUUCUGAGCAGCUCAAACCGCUCCGAAACCCAGGUAUGGCAGGAAGCAUUUUGAUACAUAACCAACAUACCUCAUCUUUUUUAAAAAAAGAAGUAAACUAUUUUCAGACAUAUUUUUGUACAGUUUAAAGGGAAUGUUCUUACUGUGUACACAGUACGUUUUUCAGGCACUUCUACCCGGUUUUCCUUUCCUUUUAUUUUCUGCAUGCAAGGGUUGAAUGACAAACCAACUUGCAUCGGAAUGCCUUGCCAUGAUUUUAAACUAGGCGUGUACAGUUGUAGAUUAUAAACUGCAGCCUCUCUGUAGGGAGGUGAAGUUUUGGGGACUUAGACCUCAUUGCUGGUACUAGAUGAUUGUAUAUGUUCUGUAAAAUAGUAAAGUUAGGAGUUUAUGUAUAUUUGUGUGAAUGGGUCCCACAUAGCAGAUGUGAAACUGGAUUUUUGUUUUGCAUUUUUAUCAUCUUAAUGGCACAUAUGUUUGUUUCUUCAUUAUUUUGUGCAAUAUACCUUAUGAGAUGGACCAUCUGCGUUUUGUAGCAAAUGAGAUGCGUUACAUGUUGUCAUGCUGAAGUCUGUAUCUUGACAAAACCGAAUAAAUCAGCUGGAACUGAUACAAA